UUCUCUGUCUUCUACCCUUGUCUCUGACUCCGUGUACCUCUCACUCCUCUCUCAUUGCUCUAUCUUUUCUUUCCUCUUCACCAUUCUACCUCAAUCUCUUGCCUCUUUCACCUUUCAACCUCCAUCAAAUUGGGCUACGGGUAAGAUCGGCGCUUGUUCUUCUUUGGGUUGCUGUCUCUUUUUUUUUUGGUGGUUGCUGGGGUGUGUGGUGGUGGAUUUUGAUUUUGGGUAGGUAGGUUGGGAGUGGUGGCUGGUUGGGCUUAGACCAAAUCGGAUUGGACGAAAUCGGUGUUUGGGUGGUGGACGGAGUGGUGGCCGGAUUGUUUCUGGGUUUGCCGCUAUGGGCCUGCGUUUUGCUCUCUGUGGGUUUACUACUGUGGGUUUGCUCAGUCUUGGUCAUCGUUUUUGCUCUCAAAUCGUGGGUUUGCUCUCUUGCUCGUAGGUUUUGGUGGUUGUUCACGGUGUUGGGGUGGGUUUUGUUGUGGGUUAGGCAUAAUGUGGAUCUGUGGUGGAUGGAUCACGAUGAAAGCAAUUGCUUGGUUGUGUGUUGGUUCAGUGGUGGGUGUUGGGUAUUUGGGUCGGGUUGUGGGUGUUCGUUCGGUGGUGAGGAGGUGUUCAGAUCCAGUCAAUAGUACCGAUACAACUGCGUGAUAUCCACCCAAAACGUAGAAGAAAGUCUAAAAGUCUAUUUGGAAGUCCUCUCUCUCAUCUCAUGGCCUCCAUAUUUACUGUUUUCAUUCUACUGUCUAUGUUCUUUGCAUGUGGAAUAGCUGAAGAGAAGCAAUUUAGCCAUAUACAACUGGGCUCUGCACUUCAUCCCGAAACUCCCCCCAUGUCAUGGCGUUCCCCUUCUGGCCACUUUGAAUUUGGAUUCUAUCAGCAAGGCAAUGGUUUUAUGGUUGGAAUCUGGUUGGUGGGUAUAAACAAUAAAACAGUUGUGUGGACAGCAAGCCGUGAUUAUCCUCCGGUCACCAGAAACGCAACACUGAAUUUAACAAAGGAUGGACUUAUUUUGAUAAAUGAGCAAGGAUGGGAGAAGCUUAUCAGUGCUAGGACGUCAGACUCAGCUUAUUUUGCUGCCAACAUGCUUGAUUCUGGCAAUUUUGUUCUCUACAACAAAAAUGAUUCCAUCAUUUGGCAGACUUUCAGCUAUCCUACUGACACUAUUUUAGGAGGUCAGACUCUGUCCACUGGUGGCCAAUUAUUCUCUAGUUUAUCGGAGACCAACCAUUCAACUGGACGGUAUCGUCUGAAGAUGCAGUACGAUGGAAACCUUGUUCUAUACCCGGUAAACACUGUAGACGUUAGCAGUGAUGCUUACUGGAGCUCUGGCACUUACGAAAAUGGCGUAGUGUAUUAUAGCCUUUAUCUCAAUGAUACAGGCCGCCUACAAAUCAUCAAUAGCACUGGAAACAAUGUUGAAGUUUUGAGUUCAUCAUCGGCCAGCAAUAACAUCAACACCAUUUAUCGUGCCACUCUAGAAUUUAAUGGAUUUUUCCGGUUGUAUUCACACACCUAUAACGAGACUGGCACACUCAAUUCAUCAGUAAUUGAGUGGUAUGCAUUGGAUGAUCUUUGUAAAGUGAAAGGAUUUUGUGGCUUCAACAGCUUUUGCACACUCAAUGAUGGCAAACCGUACUGUCGUUGUCUUCCUGGAACCGAUCUUAUUGAUGCGAAUCAUACAUCUCUCGGCUGUGAGAGUAACUUUUUAGAAGUAGGGUGCAAAGGUGGAAGAGAAUAUGUUGCAUCUUAUAACAUUAAUACCACAGAAAAUAUGAUUUGGGAAGAUAUUCCUUACAUGGAUGUACCCAUGUCCACGAAGGAAGAAUGCGACAAUUCUUGCUUGGAAGACUGCAACUGUGGGGCAGCGUUGUUCAUUGAUUCGCACUGCCAGAAGCAAAAGCUUCCACUGAGAUAUGUUAGAAGGGAUUCAAACAACCAAACCACAGCUUUCUUCAAGGUGGGCUUAAGAAGCAUUAAAAGUUGGAAUGAAAGUGAUCACAUCGGUGUCCACGUUUUCACAAGUAAAAAGAUUCUAGUACAAGUUCUUGUUUUAAUUUUAGGUUUUACUGCGUUCUCAUUUCUGGCCCUUGGAAUCUCUGGCCUUUUCAUGUUCAAAAUUCGAGUUCUAAGGUAUAAAAGACUGAAAGAGAGUGAAACACUGGGCAUGACUUUAAAUAUUUUUUCGUAUGAUGAGCUCAAAAGUGCAACAAAUGGCUUCAAAGAUGAGUUGGGUAAGGGUUCUUUCGGAACAGUUUACAAAGGUAAUUUAUACAAAGGUAAAAAAUUUGUUGCAGUGAAGAAGCUAGAGAAAUUGGUGGAAGAAGGGGAAAGGGAGUUCCGUGCAGAGAUGCAAGCAAUAGGGAGAACUCACCACAAAAAUUUGGUUCGAUUGCUGGGUUAUUGUGCUGAGGGUUCUAAGAGGCUUCUUGUCUAUGAAUAUAUGAGCAAUGGCUCCCUUGCCAAUAUUCUUUUUAAAGGUAUAAGGCGUCCAGACUGGGAUGAAAGAGUAAGAAUAACAUUGGAUGUUGCAAGAGGAAUUCUCUACCUACAUGAAGAGUGCAAGACCCCUAUUAUUCAUUGUGAUAUAAAGCCUUCAAACAUUUUGAUGGAUGAAUUUUGGACGGCUAAAAUCUCUGAUUUUGGUUUGGCGAAGUUGUUAAUGCCGGAUCAAACAAGGACCUUCACGGUGGUCAGAGGGACUAGGGGGUAUAUGGCACCUGAGUGGCAAAAGAACACCCCAAUAUCAGUGAAGGCAGAUAUUUACAGUUAUGGAAUAGUGCUUUUGGAGAUUAUAUGUUGCAGAAAAAACAUGGACGUUAACGUAUCAAAGCCUGAAGAGAUUGUUCUUUCAACUUGGGUAUAUAAUUGCUUUGUUGCUAGGGAAUUGGAUAAGAUUGUGGGUAAUGAAGAAGUAGAUAAGAGAACCUUGGAGAAUAUGGUUAAGGUAGCAUUGUGGUGCAUUCAAGAUGAACCAAUUCUUCGUCCUUCCAUGAAAAGUGUUGUAUUGAUGUUAGAAGGGAUAACUGAUGUAGCUGUUCCUCCUUGUCCAACUAAUGCCUCCACAUAAACUUUCUCCUCUCUAAGGGAUUUAGUUUUUGUAUUGUUUUAUGUAUUUUUUUUUUCUUUUCUAUUCAUAUGAGGGACUCAUAUGAUCAUAAGUGCAGCUGUUAGUUUUCUCAAUACUCAGUAGUAAACUGUUUUCUGAGGCGGAGACUGUAAAGCAUUACUGGAAGCAACAGUUCGUGGUUACGUGUGUUAUAUUUUGCUUUGAUAUGAAGGAAAAUGCUAAAAUUUCUAUUAAUGUCAUUAAAAAAAGGGGGUAAAUUGCAAAUUA